AUGGCUCCCGCGGCUGUCUCUCCUACCCAGAAGCCUGCCCAGCUGGCCGUUGCCCCCGGCCUGAAGAAGCCCUUCAACGGCCAGGACGUUGCGGUCGAGCAUGACGGCACGCUGAGCAAGCCCCUGGCCGACAUGCUCGGCAACUGGGAGCACUUUACCUUUGCGCCGAUCCGCGAGAGCACCGUUUCGCGGGCCAUGACUCGGCGGUACUUCACCGACCUGGAUACCUACGCGGAAUCCGACAUCGUGAUCAUCGGCGCAGGCUCCUGCGGUCUAUCCGCGGCAUACACCCUCGCCAAGCUGCGGCCCGACCUGCGCAUCGCCAUUGUCGAGGCGGGAGUUGCCCCCGGCGGCGGUGCGUGGCUGGGCGGCCAGCUCUUUAGCGCGAUGGUGAUGCGCAAGCCAGCCGACGCAUUCCUGCGCGAGGUGGGCGUGCCGUACGAAGAUGAGGGCGACUACGUGGUGGUCAAGCACGCGGCGCUGUUCACGAGCACCGUGCUGAGCAAGGUGCUGGCGAUGCCGAACGUCAAGAUGUUCAAUGCGACUGCGGUCGAGGAUUUGAUUACUCGUACAGAUGCCGAGACCGGCGAGGUGAGGGUCGCAGGUGUGGUGGUCAACUGGACGCUCGUGUCGAUGCACCACCAUGACCAGAGCUGCAUGGACCCGAACACGAUUAAUGCGCCGGUGAUUAUCUCGACGACUGGCCAUGAUGGCCCCUUUGGCGCCUUUUCGGUCAAGCGCCUGGUCAGCAUGAAACAGAUCGAGCAGCUUGAGGGCAUGCGCGGUCUGGACAUGCAGCGCGCUGAGGACGCCAUUGUCAAGAACACCCGCGAGAUUGUGCCCGGUCUAAUCGUCGGCGGCAUGGAGUUAUCCGAGAUCGACGGUGCCAACCGCAUGGGCCCGACGUUCGGCGCUAUGGCGCUGAGCGGUGUCAAGGCUGCCGAGGAGGCGCUCCGCGUGUUUGAGCUGCGCAAGAAGCAGAACGCUCUGUGA